CAUCCACAGAUACAGAAAGAGAGAGAGAGAGAGGGUGUCUUGUCUAGAGAGAGAAAUAGAGGGUGUGUCUCCAUUAGUCAAAGCUUUUGUGGAAAACGAAACCUCUCGGAAGCUCGCAGUUCCCCACAUUUUUCACCUCUGCUUUUGUUUUUUCUUGUUUCUCAUCUAAAUUUCUAGGGUUCAUUUGUUUUAGUGCGUGCUCUGUUGUUAAUCUCAAGCUUCGUGGUUCGCAAAAUGACUGAUCCGUAGUUGCAGGAUUUGGAAGCCGAAGUGCGUCUCUUUUUUAAGCUCAGUUGCCGGUGUUUGAUUUUUUGCCUUUUGGACUAUGGCUUCGGGUGGUAUUGUGGCUGACAAGCCAAAAUGUGAUGCAAUGCUAGUGGACAAACUUCCGGAGGAAAUCAAUGAGAUGAAAAUCAAGGAUGAAAAAGUGGAAAAGGAAAUGGAAGCAGCAGUAGUGGAUGGAAAUGGAACGGAGACAGGGCACAUCAUUGUGACAACUAUUGGUGGUAAAAAUGGCCAACCGAAGCAGACUAUAAGUUAUAUGGCAGAGCGCAUUGUUGGACAGGGAUCUUUUGGAAUUGUGUUUCAGGCCAAGUGUCUUGAAAGUGGUGAAACGGUUGCAAUCAAAAAAGUUUUACAGGAUAAGAGAUAUAAAAACCGUGAGCUGCAAACGAUGCGCCUUCUUGAUCACCCAAAUGUUGUUUGUCUUAAGCACUGCUUCUUCUCAACCACCGACAAGGACGAGCUUUACCUCAAUUUAGUUCUUGAAUACGUGCCUGAGACUCUGUACCGUGUAGCGAGGCACUAUAGCAAAGCAAACCAACGAAUGCCUAUGAUAUAUGUCAAGCUCUAUACGUAUCAGAUUUUCAGAGCUUUGGCAUAUAUUCAUGGUAUAGGAGUCUGCCACAGGGACAUCAAACCUCAAAACCUUUUGGUCAAUCCGCAUACCCAUCAGCUCAAGCUUUGUGAUUUUGGAAGUGCAAAAGUUUUGGUGAAAGGUGAGCCAAAUAUAUCUUAUAUCUGUUCUCGGUACUACCGUGCGCCAGAACUGAUUUUUGGAGCAACUGAAUACACUAGUGCAAUUGACAUAUGGUCCGUGGGUUGCGUCCUCGCCGAACUUCUUCUUGGACAGCCUCUCUUUCCUGGUGAGAGUGGAGUAGAUCAGCUUGUGGAAAUUAUCAAGGUUCUGGGAACACCAACUCGUGAGGAAAUAAAAUGCAUGAAUCCAAAUUACACCGAGUACAAGUUCCCACAAAUCAAGGCACAUCCAUGGCACAAGAUUUUUCACAAAAGGACACCUCCUGAAGCUGUGGAUCUUGUGUCGCGACUCCUUCAGUACUCUCCAAACUUGAGAUACUCUGCUUUGGAAGCUUGUAUACACCCAUUUUUCAAUGAACUCCGUGAUCCCAACACCCGGCUUCCCAAUGGUCGACCAUUGCCACCACUUUUCAACUUCAAACCUGCAGAGUUGAAAGGAGCAUCAUUGGAGCUACUCUCCAAACUGAUACCAGAGCACGCUAGGAAGCAGUUUCCAUCCCUUGGUUCCUGAGAUUUGGAAAUGCUGAUGUUCUAUGUGGAUAAUGAAACACUAAUUUGUGUGUUGUGUUAAUUUCUGAUGCUAACAGAAGAACCUGGACCUCCUUUUAUGUGGACUUUGUAUUAUUUGCCUGUCUAACUUCACCUUCGCUUUAUAUCUUCUGUUUCUUAUUCUGUUCA